CCGCGCCGUCCCCGCGGCUCCCGCCGGCCCUCGCGGGCCGGGCCCCGCGUUAUGUCGUGAUCCCGGGCGGGCGGCGCUGCUGCUGCUGCUCAUGGGGCUGCUCAGGAUUAUGCUGCCGCCCAAGUUGCAGCUGCUGGCGGUGCUGGUCUUCGGGGUGGCCGUGCUGUUCCUGGAGAACCAGAUCCAGAAGCUGGAGGAGUCCCGCGGCAAGCUGGAAAGGGCUAUUGCAAGGCAUGAAGUCAGAGAAAUAGAGCAACGUCAUACAGUAGAUGGUCCCCGACAAGAUGUGACAGUGGAUGAAGAAGAUGAUGUGGUAAUUAUUUAUAACAGAGUACCCAAGACUGCCAGCACAUCCUUCACAAAUAUUGCCUAUGAUCUCUGUGCGAAGAACAAAUACCAUGUUCUACAUAUCAAUACAACCAAAAAUAAUCCUGUUAUGUCUCUGCAAGAUCAGGUCCGAUUUGUGAAGAAUGUGACUUCCUGGAAGGAGAUGAAGCCAGGAUUUUACCAUGGCCAUAUAUCAUACCUGGACUUCGCCAAAUUUGGUGUUAAAAAGAAACCAAUUUACAUAAAUGUCAUAAGAGAUCCUAUAGAGCGCCUAGUUUCUUAUUAUUACUUUCUGCGCUUUGGAGAUGAUUACAGACCAGGGCUACGGAGGCGAAAACAGGGGGAUAAAAAGACCUUUGAUGAAUGUGUGGCAGCUGGAGGUUCCGACUGUGCUCCAGAGAAACUUUGGCUUCAAAUUCCAUUCUUCUGUGGCCACAGCUCAGAAUGCUGGAAUGUGGGAAGCAGAUGGGCUUUGGAACAAGCCAAAUACAAUCUGAUUAAUGAAUACUUCCUUGUGGGAGUUACUGAAGAGCUUGAAGACUUUAUCAUGUUAUUGGAGGCAGCUUUGCCCCGGUUCUUCAGGGGUGCCACAGAACUAUACCGGACAGGAAAGAAGUCGCAUCUUAGGAAAACAACUGAGAAAAAACUUCCCACAAAAGAAACUAUUGCCAAGCUACAGCAGUCUGAAAUCUGGAAAAUGGAGAAUGAGUUCUAUGAAUUUGCACUGGAGCAAUUUCAGUUUGUCAGAGCACAUGCAGUUCGGGAAAAAGAUGGAGAAUUAUAUAUUCUGGCUCAAAACUUUUUCUAUGAAAAGAUUUACCCUAAAUCAAACUAAGAAUGCUAUACUGUAAGAUUUAUGGACCUAAAUCUUUGGUCACAACAUCAUCUUAGUCCUCAGCCAUGGAAACUAGAUUGCUUGUAGACCUCCAAGACAUUUCUUUACACAAGAAAAGUGGGUUGUGGAUCACCUCCAGGGCUUUGGAUAUAGCUGUGUUGGUAAUCCAGAAGCAAAGGCUUCAUUUCUUUUAUCUAACUAAUACUUUCAGUGGGAGUCAAUAUCCUUAACCUGAAGAAAUCUACACUGUAAUUCGGAGCAAUUAAUACAUGGCAGUUCUAUUUGAAAAUAUAAACAAUAAAAAAAACACUUCUGUUGAUGCUCUUUUUAAUUUUCAGAGCAAUUUAUUUUCAUUUAUACUUCUGUGAAGAGGAAAUAAUUUUCCCCAGCUUUCAACAUGGAAAUUUUGGUUGUAUACAGUAUGAGUACUCCUAAUAACUGGUUGACAUCUGUACUUUGUUUUUGAGAAUCAUGUCACAUGAUAUUAAUUGGGAUGGUUAAUCAUGUUCUGCUGAGAAAUGCUGCUGCUGCUGGAAUUGCCCAUAUUUAUAUAUGUGGUUUUAUUAAAAAAUUACAACUACUCA